CACCCAGCAAACACAAACCAAAACAAAUAGGGAAGGGGAAAAAAAGGAAGGAGGAAGGAAGGAGGAAGGAAGGAAGGAAGGAAGGAACGGAACCCGGGGCAGAGCCAGCCAGAGAGAAAGGGAAUUUUUCACUCCGCGUCGGGAUCUGCAGCGAUCAUUCGGAGCACAGCCGUUGGUCUGCUAACCCGCCGUGUCGCCCCCAGCCCACACUCUGAGUCUACUAUGCUCUGUGUUGCUGGGGAGGGUUCAGGAGAUUCGUGGGGGAUCCUUGCCUUCCUGUGCGCCACGCUUUGGAACCUGCCUGGGGUGCCUGCACUGAACCGCACGGACCAAGUGACUACCAGACAGUCCAUCCAGCAGAUGUACGACCUUACUCGCUAUUUGGAACAUCAGCUGCACACGCUUGCGGCCACUUACCUCAACUAUUUGGGGCCACCUUUCAAUGAGCCGGACUUUGACCCUCCCCGGAUAAUUGGGGUAGAAGCUGUGCCAAGUGCCACCGUAGACAUUCAGGAAUGGCACAGCUUGAAUGACAAUGCCCGGCUAGCAGCUAAUUACCAGGCCUACAGCCAUCUGCUCUGCUACCUGAGGACCAUGGAUGGCACAGCUCCAACUGCCUUGCCAAGUCUGCGCCACAGCCUAGCCCACUUCCGGGCUAGCCUGCAAGGGCUGCUGGGCUCAAUUGCGGGCAUCAUGGCUUCCCUGGGCUAUUCACUUCCAACUCCAGGGCCCCCUGUAGAGCUGACCCCACCCAGCCACUUCCUGCGCAAGAUGGAUGACUUCUGGCUGCUCAAAGAGCUACAGAUCUGGCUGUGGCGCUCAGCCAAAGACUUCAACCGGCUGCGCAAAAGAGUGCCUCCUUCUGCUGUCAUGCUGCAUCUCGAGGCCAGAGGCUUUUGAUCCCUGCCAUCGCCAUUGUCUCUGCCUUCACCUCAUUCACUGACAUUAUUCAUACCUGCCGCUCAAGGACUAGCACUUCUGAAAGACUCCAAAUCUGCUGCCCUCUCCCAGCCCCUCCUCAACAUUGCCCUCCUCCUUCCUUGCUUUCUUGGUGCUGCAUUGCUCUCUGUUCCUAAGCUGUGCCUCUGGGUGAGCAGAUUCACAUCUGUACACCCUGUUUCUUCUCAUCUCUUUCUCCUCCACCUUCUUGUACAAUAUUAACAUUAUAUCCUCCUCCCCCUCCUCCUCC